AGUUGUUUGUGGUCAGAGUUUCUGUUUGUGGUUGUCAAUUGUCAAGAAAAAUGCAAUAAUUUUUAAUUAAUUCUCAAUAAUUAUUGAUGUCUGAAAAAAAUUCGCAAAUGUAACGUUCUAAUUAUCAAACCAAAGCUAUACUGAAACAAUUGUCAAUUAAAAUUCCUAAAAAUGUCCGAAGAAGAUUAUUCGAAUUAUCCUUCUAAGGAUUCAAAUGAUGAAGCAGGUCCUUCAUUGUAUGGUGUAGAAAGUAAUAAUUUAACUGAAAGUAUAGAGAGCACUAUUGAUAAUUUACGACACUUCUUCCUUGGAAGAAUUGGUUUCGAUGAGGAAGAAGAUGACCAAGAAAAUGAAGUUCAAAUUCUGGAUGAGCAAUCUUUAGAUGGAAUUGUGAAGUAUAUACAAGAGAACAAAUGCCAGAAUAUCAUAACAAUGGCAGGAGCUGGUAUAUCUACGUCCGCCGGGAUACCAGAUUUCCGAUCGCCUGGCAGCGGCCUCUACCACAAUUUACAGAAAUACAACUUGCCACAUCCAACGGCUGUGUUCGAGUUGAGUUUUUUCCACGAGAACCCCAGACCGUUCUUCGAGUUGGCCAAGGAACUGUAUCCUGGAAAGUUCAAACCUACCCCGUGCCACUAUUUCAUCAAACUGCUGGACGACAAGGGCAUCCUUCUGAGACAUUAUACUCAAAAUAUAGAUACUCUGGAGAGGGUCGCUGGAAUACCCGGGGAUAAGAUAGUGGAGGCUCAUGGGACUUUUCACACUGGUCAUUGUUUGAAAUGUCAAAAAGAAUAUCCUCAGGAAUGGAUGAAAGAGAUAAUUUUCCGGGAUGAAGUGCCGCAGUGCGAAGUUUGCAGUGGGGUGGUGAAACCAGACAUUGUUUUCUUCGGAGAGAACCUUCCAAGCAGAUUCCAUAAGAUGCUAUUCUCAGAUUUUCCGAAAUGCGACCUCCUCAUCAUUCUGGGAUCAUCUUUGGCCGUUCAGCCUUUUGCUUCGUUAGUUGAUAGGGUACAAAGGGAUUGUCCCAGAUUACUCAUCAACAGAGAGAGGGCUGGCCAGAGGUCCGGCCUUAUGGCACUCAUGGGCGUAAGGGGAGGUCUAGACUUCGAGAAUGAAAAAACAAAAAGGGAUGUUUUCUGGCUGGGAGAUUGUGAUGAUGGGUGUCAAUUACUCGCUGAAAAAUUAGGAUGGGGGGCUGAGUUGAAUGAACUAAUCAAAAAAGAAUAUCGUCGCAUUGACGACGGCGAUCACGGUGUCCCCGAGAACGAGAACACUGGAACGAAGGAAUUUCCGGGUGUCUUUUGACUCGUGAGGUGAAGAAGUGAUGCCUUAUUUUCUUAUAACUAUUAUGAUUCUUAAGUUUAAUAUUUUCCAUAUAUUUAUUUUAGGUUGAUUUUGUUAUUGCUUUUGAAAUCGAAAAUUUUAAUGCCUGAAGCAAUUAAAUUAUUCCUCGUAUCUUAAUAAUAAAAUUAAUGAAAUAAAAA